CAUUAGCACCUCCAUUCGAUCGAUAGAAUAGAGCCUAUAGAUAUCAUUCACGAUCAUGCCUAACCAACAGCUCAAACAAGGUCUGACAAGUCUCCAGCAGGCUUACGAUUCAGGGGACGUCGCCGGAGCUGGGAAGCAGUUGACGCAACUCAAGAUCGCCCUCGCAAGAGCAGGUCUGUUGAGCCCCAACGGUCAGCAGGACAAGGAGGACCUUUUGACAGCCCGAUCUAUCUUGGAGAUCGGAGCCUUCUAUUCGCUCAAGGUCAGGGAUGUCAGUGCUUUUGCUCGAUAUGAGGCCAUGUUGAGCGGUUAUUACCGGGACUUCAAGGCGAUCUUGCCCCCUUCGACCUCUCAACCUCCUCUGCUCGGUCUCUCCCUCCUUUCCCUGUUAGCUUCUUCGAGGAUCGCCGAUUUCCACACGGUGCUCGAGACCCUGGAUGAACAGAUGAUGAACGACGUCUACGUACGAUGGCCGAUCGAUCUCGAGCGAUGGUUGAUGGAGGGAUCUUACACGAAGGUUUGGAGAGCGAGGGAACGGGUACCCAGGGAAGAAUACGGUGUCCUGCUCGAAGGUCUCGUAGGGACUAUUCGGAGUGAGAUCGCUUCGUGUCACGAAAAGGCAUAUGCCACUCUGCCCCUAGCGGAUGCGACGAGGUUGUUAUUCUUCAAGAACGAGUCCGAGACGGUCGAAUUUGGUCAAGGCCGAGGAUGGUCCUUCUCACCGACGACAAGGGAAUUCGGUCUCGCUCGUGUGCUGAACAACCCAGGUUCGAGCUUUACGGACGGGCCAACCGGGUCGGCCGGUGCGGGACUGUCAGGUGAUGGGCCGAUCGCCAAGGAGAGGCUCAUCAAGACGUCUUUGGAUUACGCUACCGAGUUGGAGGCCAUCGUCUAGAUGGCUUAGAAAGGACGAGAUAGGCUGGGAUGUAGAUUCCUAGAUGUGAGACGAUGGGUCUCCUUAUGUAAUUACGAUCAAGCAAGCAUGUUGGCUACGAUAUGACGAAUAUCCCCGCCCAGGCUCGAGUUACGAACAGUCUGCGACCUAACAAUAUACGUCAGGACAAGCUAGUGGAAACGAUGUCAAUCGAAUGCUAUCUGAAGUAGCACCAGUUGCAGUUGAUAUAGAACAUUUGAUGUGAUAACAAUACAUGUAGCCCCAAUAUGAAACCCGGCCUUCAUCGAAAACUCCCCUUUUUGGUGAAGCUCUGGGCGCGGGGGAUUAAAUGAGGCCUAUACAGAUUUGAUCCACAGCCUGGACCGCGAUGUGUAACAGUCCUCGUGGGAAGCGAGGUAAUUGACGUUUUGCACUGCUAUGAGUUGCUCAAGGGUCGGC